UUUUUCAUCUUUUCAUUUUUUUACCUCUCUUACUCCAUGUUCUUAUAUGUAUAUAUAGCAUCACUUUCUCAUCCUAUCUUCUUCAUUCAGAACUACCUAGCUUGCAUGAGAUUGAGGGGUUGAUUUGGAAGAAAAACCAACCCUAGGUUUUUCCUCUCCCAAAUCCUAACCCUAAAACUUGUGCUAGCUUUUUCUUUUCUGUUUUUCUCUAUCGAAAUCUCAAGAACAACACCAACAACAGAAUCAUGCCUAUGGAAAAUUCUAAUUUAGCCUAUGUUUUUGGUAUAAUAGGUAACAUCAUUUCCUGCCUGGUGUUCUUAGCUCCACUGCCAACUUUUUACCGAAUAUACAAAAACAAAUGCACUGAAGGCUUUCAGUCACUACCAUAUUUGGUAGCAUUAUUCAGUUGCAUGCUUUGGCUAUACUAUGGAAUUCUCAAAACAAGUUCGAUUUUUAUCGUUAUCAUUAACACAGUUGGAUGUGGCAUAGAAGUUAUCUACUGUAUCACGUACAUAGCCUAUGCCCCAAGAGAUGCAAGGAAAUUUGCCAUAAAAGUAUUUGUGGCAAUGGAUGUUGUUUUAUUCGUGGUGAUCUUCUUGGUCACACAAUUUGCUAUACCGAAAGUUUAUAGAGUCCAAAUUCUAGGGUGGGUUUGUGUUACUAUUUCAGUGAGUGUAUUUGCAGCACCUCUAAGCAUUGUGGUACGUGUUGUUAAAACAAGAAGUGUACAGUUUAUGCCCUUCACUUUGUCACUUUUCCUUACAUUGAGUGCCAUGGCAUGGUUUGGAUAUGGUUUCUUUGAAAAUGAUGUGUGCAUUUAUCUUCCGAAUGUGCUAGGAUUUUUAUUGGGGAUAAUUCAGAUGAUGUUAUAUGCUUACUACUCAAAAUAUGGAGGUGAAAAGGAUGAUGAGCAAGAUAAAGUGAUGAGUAUUGUUGUUGUGAAUCCAUUGGGUUUGGGGUCUUGUGAAGUGUUUCCAUUUCCAUUGGAUGAAAAUGAUGAUAUUAUUGGGGAAGUGAUUAAUCAACAACUUCAAGUGAAGAAGUUGGGUUUGGAAGAUGAAAAUCAAGAGAAGCAAGAGAAAAAUGUGGAACCUUUAGAGAUAGAAAUUGUGGUGUGAAUUGUGUGAUAUAAUAUUAUAUAUGUAUGAUAAUAUACUCUUCAAAAAUGUGAUGUGCAUGAAUGAAUCAUGACGAUGGUUUCAAGGAGUAGUGAUUCUAUUGUAUCAUGGUUAUGCAUGUGUGACUUCAUCAACAAAAUCAAUUAAUCAAUCUACUCCCCUUCAUUA